AUGGCGCCUUCGACGUGGGUCAUCAUCGGCGCCUCGCGGGGCAUUGGGCUGGAGUUCGUGCGGCAGCUGCUCGAACGUGGCGACCAGGUCAUCGCCGCGGUGCGCAACGUCGAGGCGGCAAAACGUAUCUGGCCCUUGACCGGCAACGAAACCAGACCUGGCAGCUGUCUGAUCGACCAGUGUGAUGUCACGGAUGAGUCGAGUAUUGAUGCUUUUGUGGGGCGUGUGAAGUCCCUCGUCGACAAGGGGAUGAAGUUGGAUAAUAUUGUGCUGAAUGCUGGGAUUCUCAGAUACCCAAAUAGAGCAACAGAGUUGUCAUAUAGCGAGUUUGCGGCACAUUUGCACACCAACACCAUUGGGCCAAUUAUCGUGGCACAGAAAUUACUCCAGAUCAGCGCCUCAGCGCCCCCGUCACGUGUUAUAUUCAUAUCAUCCGACUCCGGCUCAACUGCAUUGUUCAGAGAACAAGAAGACGGAUUCGGCGCAUACGCCGCGAGCAAAGCCGCUUUGAACCAGAUGCUUCGACACAUGGCAGCAGAAUUGAAGAGGAAGGGCGGGCUCUGGGGUGAAGUUUGUGUGCUGGCGAUGCAUCCGGGCGAAGUGUCGACGGACAUGGCCACCAAUCUUGGUGAGGUUGAAUGGGAUAUCUCAGGCAUGAUUGGGGCGGAAGAGAGUGUCUCCAAGAUGUUGACGGUUAUUGAGCAGAAGAAUAAGAAGGAUACUGGGACCUUUUGGUGCUGGGAUGGAAGAGAAUAUCCAUGGUAG